AAAACCCCAGACAGUACUGCUGUCAGCAUCAACAGCUUCUUCCACCGGAGCAACUAGGUCGACGAAGAUGGACUAAAAACCAAAGGGCGAGGCAACGAUUGGAAAUGUUCAGAUUGGGAUGACCAUGGAUACAGAUAUGAUACCAAAAUUCUCCUCCAAAGAUGAGGAGAUCGACUUUUGGAAGUCACACUCCCUCAAGUACAAGAAGAGCUACCAGGAGGCCCAGGAGGAGCUGCUGGAGUUCCAGGAGGGCAGCAGGGAGCUGGAGGCCGAGCUGGAGACUCAGCUGGGCCAGGCGGAGCAUCGCAUGAGAGACCUGCACUCUGACAACCAGAGACUCAAGGCUGAUGUGGACUCGCUCAAGGAGAAGCUGGAGCAGCAGUAUUCCCAGAGCUAUAAGCAGAUCUCCGUGCUGGAGGACGACCUGGGCCAGACACGCAGCAUCAAGGAGCAGCUCCACAAAUACGUCAGAGAACUGGAGCAGUCCAACGAUGACCUGGAGAGGGCCAAGAGGGCUACCAUUGUGUCUCUGGAGGACUUUGAGCAGCGUUUGAACCAGGCCAUCGAGCGGAACGCCUUCCUGGAGAGUGAGCUUGACGAGAAGGAAUCCCUCCUGGUCUCGGUGCAGAGAUUAAAGGAUGAAGCCAGAGAUUUACGCCAGGAGCUCGCCGUCCGAGAGCGUCAGACAGACAGGAUGUCUGCUCCCAGCUCCCCCACCCAGGACCACAUCAAGAUGGACACUGCUGUGCAGGCUCCUCUGUCUCUGCCUGCUACUCCUCUGGGCCAGAGCCUCGACAACGCCUUCGCCAACCCGACAGCGUUGUCCAAUGGCUAUGGCACCAACUCCCCUCUGACUCCCUCAGCUAGGAUAUCUGCCCUCAACAUUGUUAGCGACUUGCUACGGAAAGUAGGGGCCUUGGAGUCUAAGCUGGCAGCUUGCAGGAACUUUGCCAAGGACCAGAAAGCCAGGAAGUCGUUUGUUACCGAGAAUGGGAACGUGAUCAACGGGAACACGGCCAAGUUCUCUCACUCACUCCACACAUCGUACUUCGACAAAGCGAGAGAGAAGGUCAUAUUCCCUGCAUUAAUUCUGGCAGGGCUUUUUCUAGUCGCUGCCUUCUAUGUGAUCUGUUGAUGUCAUCUAGUUCCAUAAAUGGCUGCACGUGCAUGCAGGCCGGUGAAUGGACUAGACCCUGGCACCCUGACGGCCAUCACAGCUCCCCCUUCUGCCUCCCCCCCUGGCCUUCUGCCUUUAACCGUGUGACGGUGUUGUACCCCAGAAAGCCCCUAAUUUACAACCCCACUCUCCCCACUCUGUCCACUGCCUGUGGACCGAAUAUUGUGUGGACAUCUACAGACUCCAGAGAGCACAGAGAAUGGCUAGCACUAUAAAACACUUUUCACACUGUAAUUCUGGCCCUUUUUGCAGUCACUGCACUGUGUGUUAUGACGAGUCAGUACUUGUGGGUAUGUCCUGUAUAUGUUUAUCUGAUAUACAUAUAUAUGUUUUUUUGUUUGUCUGUCUCUGGGGGCUAAAUGCAAACAUCUGAAUUACUGUAAUAUCUUCAUCUAGCAGCUGUGACCCAGACUGUGGUUUGCAGGAAUGGGAUUGCCAGCAUUAAUGGGAUGGCACAUGUGCUCGAUGGGUUAAAUAGCCUGAAAUGAUUUUUUGCCAUGUGGACUGGCUCCUCACAUGUUUGCCAUAAAUAAUUGAGGGAAGUUUAAACCUUCAAUGUCAACCUUUUAAACCAUCUGUCUUUACUCUUACAGCCAUGAGGGUUACAGUGUGUUGUUCUAUUAUUUCUGCAUACAAUAGUUUGUUUGUCUAUAACUUGUUACAAAGUAUCAGUUGGUUACAUUAAAAAGGGAAGAGAUGUUACUUAUGUUAUUGAACCAUAUGAGUGUGCACAAUAUUGGUCAUAUUGAUCGUUAUUUACAGAUGUCCACUGAAGUAGUACUGACCAUUUGUUUUCCUUUGGAGUUUAAACAGAAACUACCACCAUUUUGAAUCUCCUCUGGCAUUUAAAUGUUAGUAUUUUAUGAUGUUUCUUGAAAAUGUCACAACACCAUUAUAAGCAAGUGUAGCACUUGACCUUGUGCGGAUAUUUACGUUUCAUUCAAGUGCAAUAUUGCUUGUUUGUCCUCUUCAUGUAAAAUGUUUUAAUUUAUUUCCGAUUUCUUUAAUGGCAUGUGUUUAAAUAAAAAGGAUAUAAUCAUA